AUGUCGAGCAGGGGCCAAUAUCUACACGGACCCCGGCAGCUCAGGUUGGAGAAGCGCUCAUUGCCAAAUAUCGAGCCAUCAGAAGUACGAAUCCAGGUCCGUUAUACAACACUGUGCGGCUCAGAUGUGCAUUAUUUCAAGUAUGGCAAGAAUGGAUCAAUUGAGCUCAGGGAGCCGUUGUGCGGAAGGCACGAGGCGGCUGGUGAGGUUGUGGAAGUGGGAGUUGUUGCCGGCAAAGUCAGUAACAUCUGUCUCGGUGACAAGGUUGCCGCUGAAAGCGGUAUUCCUUGUCAGGAAUGUCCGAAGUGCAAAGAUGGUCGAUAUAAUAUUUGCUCAAAAAAUCGUUUCCGCAGUAGCGGUGCGUCGUUUCCUCAUUUCCAGGGAACGCUCCAGGAAUACAUCGAUCAUCCUGCCAAGUGGUGCCAUAAACUGCCUGAUGGACUGUCUUUUGAUGAUGGUGCUCUCUUAGAGCCCCUAUCUGUGAGCAUUCAUUCUGUCAAGAGAGCCGCGAUGAGAGACGGUUCGCCUUGCUUGGUGUUUGGAGCUGGGGCAGUAGGGCUCCUGUGUGCCGCAGUUGCAAAGAUUGAGCACGACAGCCCCGUUGUCAUUGCCGACGUUGACAAGGGGCGCGUUGAUUUCGCAUUGAAUCAUGGAUUUGCGGAUACAGGGUUUGUCGUCGUCCCGCGAAAAGGAAUCACGUCGAAGAGCGCCUUUCUAUCGCUAAAACGCUGGCGCUAG